UUAAGCCGAAUGAGAUGAGAGCCAAUUAACGUGAACGAGCCGGUAUGUCGACUUUGUUUAAAAACAGUGGAAACGAAAAGAGGCAGCUAACCUAACAUUUCAACUAGCAACUCAUAACUAUCUCACCCAGUUUUUCAACCUGUGAACAAAAACUGCAGCUGGAGCUGGAUCCUGUCUACGAUAGGGUCAGACUUUGACCUGCGAACCCUCAGAGCAGUCCGUGUGCUGAGACCCCUUAAACUGGUGUCUGGGAUUCCCAGCCUCCAGGUGGUGCUCAAGUCAAUCAUGAAGGCUAUGAUCCCCCUGCUGCAGAUCGGCCUGCUGCUCUUCUUCGCCAUCCUCAUGUUUGCUAUCAUAGGCCUGGAGUUCUACAUGGGCAAAUUCCACACCACCUGCUUUGACAGCUAUACAGGUGAGAUCCGGGAGGAGUUCCCAUGUGGGACGGAGGCCCCGGCCAGGCUGUGUCCCAACGGGACGACGUGUCGACAGUACUGGUUGGGGCCCAACUACGGCAUCACGCAGUUUGACAACAUCCUGUUUGCCGUGCUCACCGUGUUCCAGUGCAUCACCAUGGAGGGCUGGACCGACCUGCUCUACUACAGCAAUGAUGCCUCAGGGAGCUCGUGGAACUGGAUGUACUUCAUCCCUCUCAUCAUCAUCGGCUCCUUCUUCAUGCUCAACCUGGUGCUGGGUGUCCUCUCAGGGGAGUUUGCCAAAGAGAGAGAGCGUGUAGAGAACAGAAGUGAGUUUCUGAAACUUCGGAGACAGCAGCAGAUAGAGAGAGAGCUCAAUGGAUACCUGGAGUGGAUCUGCAAAGCAGAAGAGGUCAUCUUGGCAGAUGAUGACAAUGAUGGUGAUGAUCGGAUGCCCUUUGAUGGCUCCCGUAGGAGACCCACCAUGAAGAACCACAAGAACAAAACUGAGCUACUGAACCCAGAGGAAGGGGAGGGAGACUUGGCCGUGGGCUCACCCUUUGCCAGGGCCAGCCUGAAGAGCUCCAAGCUGGAAGGCUCCGACUUCCACAAGCGGGAGCGUCGUCUGCGCUUCUUCAUCCGCCACAUCGUGAAGACCCAGGCCUUCUACUGGACCGUGCUGUGUCUGGUGGGCCUCAACACCCUGUGCGUGGCCGUGGUACACUACGACCAACCCGAGCCCCUCUCUGACUUCCUCUACUUUGCUGAGUUCAUAUUCUUGGGUAUCUUCAUGUCGGAGAUGUGUGUAAAGAUGUAUGGACUGGGCAAGCAGGCUUACCUUAACUCGUCCUUCAACUGCUUUGACUGCAUUGUGAUCUGUGGCAGCAUAUUCGAGGUGCUCUGGUCCAUCAUCCAGCCAGGAACCUCCUUUGGCAUCAGUGUGCUGCGAGCUCUUAGGUUACUGAGAAUCUUCAAAGUCACCAAGUACUGGGCCUCUCUGAGAAACCUGGUGGUGUCUCUGCUCAACUCCAUGAAGUCCAUCAUCAGCUUGCUGUUCCUGCUCUUCCUCUUCAUUGUGGUCUUCGCCCUGCUUGGCAUGCAGCUCUUCGGGGGACAGUUUAAUUUUGAAGCUGGAACUCCUCCGACAAACUUUGAUACCUUCCCUGCAGCAAUAAUGACAGUGUUUCAGAUCCUGACAGGAGAGGAUUGGAACAUGGUGAUGUAUGACGGGAUCGAGUCUCAGGGAGGGGUCAACAAGGGCAUGGUCUUCUCCAUCUUCUUCAUCGUGCUCACACUCUUCGGCAACUACACCCUGCUAAAUGUGUUCUUGGCCAUCGCUGUGGACAAUCUGGCCAACGCACAGGAACUGACUAAGGACGAGCAGGAUGAGGAGAAGGCUGCGAGUAAGAAGAUUGCCCUGCAAAAGGCCAAGGAGGUGGCUGAAGUUAGCCCCCUGUCUGCUGCCAACCUCACUAUCGCAGCCAACAAAGUACACAGUGAGUCUCACACCGAUUCCGACCCCUUUCUGGACUGUAAGGAACAGCAGAAGAACCACAGGGGGAGCAACAAGUCGGUGUGGGAGCAGCGCACCAAAGAGCUGAGGAAACAGACUCUGGUUACCAGCCGUGAGGCCCUCUUCAACGAGCUGGACCCCGAGGAUAGCUGGAAGGAAAGGAUGGGGAAUGAGGGCGAGGCGGAUGGGGUAAACUUCUCCCGCAACGUCCGUCCAGACAUGAAGACCCAUCUGGACCGCCCCCUGGUGGUAGACCCCCACGAGAACCGCAACAACAACACCAACAAGACCACAGCUCCCAACCCCCCAGGCACUGGAACCCCCGGCACCACCCCGGAGGCCGAGCCUUGCCUCACCCAGCAGCCCUCCGACGAGAUCGUCCGCAAGGAUGCGCUGCUCCACGACAGAGGGCACGGACGUGGUCCAAUGUUAAUUAAGAUGGUGGACCUUGGUCUGGUUCUGCAUCAGGGAUCCUAUUUCCGUGACUUGUGGAACAUCCUGGACUUUAUAGUGGUUAGUGGUGCUCUGGUGGCCUUCGCCUUCACGGGGAGCAGUAAAGGGAAAGACAUCAGCACCAUCAAGUCCCUCAGAGUUCUAAGAGUGUUGAGACCUCUGAAAACCAUCAAGCGUCUUCCCAAGCUUAAGGCGGUGUUUGACUGCGUUGUCAACUCGCUGAAGAACGUGUUGAACAUCCUCAUCGUCUACAUGCUCUUCAUGUUCAUCUUCGCCGUGGUGGCUGUGCAGCUCUUCAAAGGCCGAUUUUUCUACUGCACCGACGAGUCCAAAGAGUUUGAGCGCGAUUGCAGGGGAGAGUAUCUGGUGUAUGAACGCGAUAACGAAGUGAAGGCGCAGAAGCGGGAGUGGAAGAAGUACGAUUUCCACUACGACAACGUGCUUUGGGCCCUGCUCACCCUCUUCACCGUGUCUACCGGAGAGGGGUGGCCGCAGGUGCUGAAACAUUCAGUGGAUGCGACUUAUGAGAAUCAGGGCCCGAGCCCGGGGUACCGGAUGGAGAUGUCCAUCUUCUACGUGGUGUACUUCGUGGUCUUCCCCUUCUUCUUCGUCAACAUCUUCGUGGCUCUAAUCAUCAUCACCUUCCAAGAACAGGGAGACAAGAUGAUGGAGGACUACAGUCUCGAAAAGAACGAGAGAGCCUGUAUAGACUUUGCAAUCAACGCCAGACCCCUGACGCGACACAUGCCUCAGAACAAGCAGAGCUUCCAGUACCGCAUGUGGGAGUUUGUGGUGUCGCCACCGUUUGAGUAUACUAUUAUGGCUAUGAUCGCGCUCAAUACCAUUGUACUGAUGAUGAAGUACGACGGAGCUUCACCAGCCUAUGAAGCUGUCCUGGCCAACUUGAACAUAGUUUUCACGUCGCUGUUCUCCAUGGAGUGUGUGCUGAAGAUCAUUGCCUUUGGAGUGCUGAAUUACUUCAAAGAUGCUUGGAACAUUUUUGACUGUGUGACAGUUUUGGGCAGCAUCACAGACAUUCUAGUCACUGAGCUUGGGAUGAACAACUUCAUAAACCUGAGCUUCCUGAGGCUCUUCAGGGCAGCCCGUCUCAUCAAGCUGCUCCGGCAGGGAGAGACCAUCCGUAUCCUGCUGUGGACCUUCGUCCAGUCCUUCAAGGCACUGCCCUAUGUGUGUCUGCUAAUCGCCAUGCUGUUCUUCAUCUACGCCAUCAUCGGGAUGCAGCUUUUUGGGAACAUAGGGAUAGACGAGGAAGCAGAAAGUGCCAUCAAUCAACACAACAACUUCAGGACCUUCUUCAAUGCUCUCCUGCUACUCUUCAGGAGUGCGACAGGAGAGGCAUGGCAUGACAUCAUGUUGUCGUGCCUGGGCGGCAAGGUGUGCGACCCUCUUUCCGGAAACACCCUGGCAGAGUGCGGCAGUCAGUUUGCCUACCUCUACUUUGUCUCCUUCAUCUUCUUCUGUUCCUUCCUGAUGCUGAACCUGUUUGUGGCUGUCAUCAUGGACAACUUUGAGUACCUGACCCGGGACUCGUCCAUCCUGGGUCCCCAUCACCUGGACGAGUACGUCAGGAUCUGGGCCGAGUAUGACCCUGCAGCUUGCGGGCGCAUUCAUUAUAAGGACAUGUACAGUUUAUUACGAGUUAUCGACCCUCCUCUUGGCUUAGGCAAGAAAUGCCCUCAUAGGGUGGCCUGCAAGAGACUGCUACGCAUGGACCUCCCCGUUGCCGAUGACAACUCGGUCCACUUCAACUCCACCCUCAUGGCGCUGAUCCGCACGGCCCUGGACAUCAAGAUCGCCAAGGGUGCGGAAGGUGGUGUGGACAAACACCAGAUGGACGCGGAGCUGAGGAAGGAGAUGAUGGCGAUCUGGCCCAACCUCUCCCAGAAGACCUUGGACCUGCUGGUCACGCCACACAAGUCAGCGACAGACCUGACGGUGGGGAAGAUCUACGCUGCCAUGAUGAUUAUGGAGUACUACCGCCAGAGCAAGGCCAAGCGCUCGCAGGCGCAGGAGCAGCGCGUGGAGCCUCCCUCCCCCACUCCUGACGGGGGUCCAGGCCUCAACAGCCUACCGCCGUCCCAGACGACAGACCAAGUCAACAGCUUGCCGGUGGAGGGGGGGGUCCCAGAGAGUCAGUCAUGGGUGACAGCCCGGGCCCAGGAGAUGUCCCAGAAAGCUGGCAGCUGGAGCCCAGAGGGGCCACCAGAGGAUCACCUGGACAACAGACACAACUCACAGACGGUAGAGAUGAGAGAGAUGGGGCGGGACGGUUACUCGGAUACAGAGCACUAUCAGCCAAUGGAAGGCCACGGGAGGGCCACUUCCAUGCCCCGCCUCCCAGGCGACAACCAACAGCGGAGGAAAGGGAGGCAACGUGGAAAUAAUCUCAGUACCAUCACAGACAACAGUCCCAUGAAACGCUCUGCCUCCUCCCUGGGCCACGGCAGGUCUGGGAGGGGCCAGAGGGACAGGGGCGGGUCUGAUGACUAUAUUAUGGAGCGGGUCAUCCCAGAGGAGGGCGGAGCCCCGAGACAUGGACACCAUAGACGGGACCGGAGUCACCGAGCUUCUGAGAAGUCCCUCAGUCGGUAUACUGACGCAGACACAGGGCUGGGCACAGACCUGAGCACGACCACACAGUCAGGUGACCUACCGCCCAAAGAGAAGGACCGCGAUCGUGACAGGGGUCGGCCCAAAGACCGCAAACACCACCACCAUCACCACCACCACCACGGUUCUAUUGACAAGGAGAGAUACGUGCCCGACCGAGAGCGCGGCGAGUACGGUCACAGACAUUCCCGAGACAGAGACCAUGAGCGGGACCGGGAGCGCCGCUGGUCAAGGUCUCCCAGCGAGGGCAGGGAGUGCAUGACUCACAGACAGGGCAGUAGUUCGGUGAGCGGAAGCCCUGUCCCCUCCACCUCGGGGACCAGUACCCCGCGCCGUGGGCGUCGCCAGCUGCCCCAGACCCCUGCAACACCCCGUCCCCAUGUCACCUACUCCCCUGUGGUCCGUAAAGCCAUGGCCACCCCUCCUGGAGGGGUCCAGCCUCAGGGCCGCCUGCCGGCCCCAGCCCCCCGACGGUUCUCCCCCGAGCCCCCUCAGGGCCCGCCUCCCCCUGCCCCCCAUGGCUCUCCCCGCCAGUCCCGACACCCCCCUCCACAUUGGGGAGAUGGGAGCGGGGGCUCCCUGGAGGGCGACGGAUGCUUCUACAACCAGGACUACAAUUACGAGCGUGAGCCACCACCACGCCAAGAACCACCUGCCUACGAGCAGAGCAUUGCUCCACAGGGCAACCCACACCCCCUUACCCACCCACCACCACUGCCUCCACCCCACAACCACAACCACCCCCAGCCUCCGCCUCAGCAGCACCUGGCCGGGAACCCCCACCCACAGCCCCAGCCCCACCCCGUACCCCAGCCCCAUCCUCAGCCCCAACCCCACCGCACUUCACCCAGGACUUCUCGCCAUGCGCCUCCGCUCAACACGGCCAUUCCUGGCGGCCCCGGCCAGCCACCCGCGACACGACGCCUUCCCGAAAUGGAGAGUGGAAGCAGGUUCUCCCUCUUCUCCCUCUCAAAAAAAUAAAUCCACACCCACCCACGCAACCAAACGCAACCAAGGAGGGAAGAAUCACAAAAGUUGAUGGAAAAGUAUUUAAAGCACACACAUGAACAGAUACACACACACACACACGCACACACACACACACACACACGGAAACAAUUUCUUCAGUAUUUCUUCUACUCUUGCGGCUGCUUCCUCCUCCUCUACUACUUCUACUUCUUCAAAACAUGAAAGCUUGAAUCUUUUGUUGCACCCGCUCAGCUUGGUUUAGAUUUGUGGAGUUUUAAGAGAAGAAAAAAAAAAAAAAGUGGAAUACUGCAUGAAUGAUACAAGAAAAAAUUACGUAACAAAGAGAAGCUAGUGUGUGUGGGGGUAAAUGAUUUCUUGGUCUUUUCCAUUUAUGAUCUGAGGGUUCUCUCUUUCUUCCAGUAAUGUCUUUCUCUCUCUCACCGUGUUGAAGGUCAAGUAGUGGGUAGGGAAGGCAGAGAGAUGGAUAUAUUUAUGACAAACCCACAUAAAGCCUUCUUAAUGAUGAGGCAGAAUGAUUGUCUACUAAUAUUUUGUUCUUGUUGGAAUGUUCCGUGCCAAAUGACUGCCACUGACGAGUAUUAAAAUGCACAACAUUGUUCUAAAGGAAGUUAGAAUUGUAGUAGCUACAUUUCAAGAAGGGAACAGGAAAGGCGUUCACAGAAUGUUGAAAUUGGUGGAAGGCAAAUAACCUAGCCUCCACUUGACCAAGUCUUCACUCCAACCAGUAUUGUCUCAUGUCUUCCAGGGUUUGAGUUUCUUUGUAAGAGAAAAUAUGUGAGGAAGAGAAAAAGGCAUAGUAAAUAAGGGAACCUCUUUAUUUGUUUGUUUAUUCUUUGAAAAUAUUGAUAAUGGUUCUACACAUUACAUUGAAAAUGAGGAGCAUUGGUGAUAAUGAUCUGGAGCAUAACAAGGAUGAUGAUGUCCAAGCUUGUGAGAGAGAGUCUCCUCAAAUUAUGUUGUUUGAUUUGGGUUGUUUUAUAUGAGACAGUACUGCGCAUCACCAUCUUUCUCGGGUGCGAAGGUUUCAAGUUGACAGGCCAGCCAGGUGGGUGGAGCUCUGUCCCACACACAGACGCAUCUUGGAAAAAACGUGUGCUGUUCCUCGAACUAUACUCCCACCUCCUGAGUUUGUUCACUGUUCUUAACAGCCUGUAAUUUCUCUCUGCAGGACCCUAAAUUACCUAUUUUGCCAAAGAGAGGCAAAAUGUGUGUGCUCUUUUGAUGAGUUAUCACUGGCUACCUAAUCAAAUUAAGGGUAUACUAAUCCUCUUUGGGUGUUUUCGUUAUAAACUGAUAGAGGGCUGCUAAUGGGUAGCUAAAUGUAGCUCUUGCCCUCCAGAACUGAUAAGGUCAUGACAAAGCCAUGAGAAAUGGGAGACAGAGUUCCACCACCAAGCCAGGCCCCUACGUGGCACUGUAUGCAAUGCAUUGCAAUCCCACUCAUGCUGUUUCACCCACCAACCCCUCUCCGACCACCCAGUCCCCGACCACCCACUUAAAAACUGAGUCUGAUGUUGUUGGUACCUGUGCCACUGUUAAAGCACCUCAUCUGUGUUCAGGACGUGUAACAGCCAAUCCGAUUGUACCGGAACUGUCUCACAGCCAAUCAAACUGCAUGGAAUGAACAAUGCGGGUUUUUCUGACAAAUGUCUCUGCCCUGUGUCGCCCUGAUCUUUCUAUGUGUGUCUCAAACAAAAAUGAACCUAGUGUUUCCCACUCUGUCUUUCUCUCUUUCAAUAUUGAGACAGAACAAUUGCCACAUUGUCGUUACAUUUAGAAAUUCCACUAAAAUAAUAACGAUUAUUAUUACAGAUAGUACUAGUGGAGUUACAAUAUUUUGCAUUAUGAACAUCAUUGUGCUUAUUCCAGUUACUUCUAUCAUUUUGAUUGAAUUUAUUAUUUACCAUGAUUAUGGUUAUAAUUAUCAUCGUUGUUAUUGUUACAUGCCAAACCUACCAACACUGCGCACACCUAGUGUCCAUGCUUUUCCAAUGCUAUCACAAAGUUGGAAGUAAAGACCAAUUGGAUCUGCAUUAUCUCCCUCAAUGUAUGUGCCACACAUGACCAGAGAAUGCACAGAAUACUGCCUAACAGUGUUCUUCCUAUGUAGGAAUGUCAAAGAUGUAUAUUUAUUACAGUACUACACACAGACAAAGCAGAGAGCCUUAGAUACACUCUCAUAUAUGUAUGUGUGUAUGUGUGUGUGUGUGUGUGCGCAUGUUAAUUAUUUAUUAAAGUUUGUUUUGGCUUUACAUCAUUUCAGUUUUUGUGUUGCAGUAUUUGUUUGUCUAUGGGAUUGUGAGAGUGUAUUCAAGUGUGUGUGUGUGUGUGUGUGUGUGUGUGUAUGUGUAGGGACAAGAGACAUGAUGUUAGUCACCCUCCAACAUAACAAGAAAAGGCCCAAACAUUACUGUCAAUAUACUGACACCAUCCAACAUCCACUAACACCUGCUAAAUAAUAUCACAAUGACUUCAAAAGCAAUGUAGGACCUGCAAAGGAAAAAAAAGAGAAAAAACAAAACAAAUUUAAGUAAAAAAAAAAAAGAAUAAAAAAAAGGGGAAAGUAUCUACUUCCAGAACUGCAUGUGCUAUGUGCAUGCCACACCGUGGGUGAACAGUCAUCUUCAGGAAAUAAAAAAGAUGAAUAUGAAUUCAGAGAAAAAUAUAUAGAAAUAGAUUGAUGUUUUUUCAAAGCAACAUGUUUACUUUAUUUCCUUCUAUUUUUGAGAACAAAAGAGGUUGAAAAUGUAAAAAAAAAAAAAAAAAAAGAUG